GCGGCGAGCCGGAGCCGGAGCCGGCGCCGCGGCUGAUGCGCGCGGCUCAUCGCCAUCGCUCGUCUGCUUUCCUGCACUUCUUUCCACAGCGAGCGGGGAGGGCGGAAUGGAGUUUGUGGCGUAGCUUGUGUGCUGUCCUCUCCAGAACCCCUUGCUGUCUCUGAAAUGUGCUUGGACUUGGAUUCCAAGCGUCUCGCUCACCUGCGCCGGGGGAGUGGAUCCCACUCUUGCCAGGGCUGAACCUAUUCAAUGGGUCUCUGAAAUUGUGCAAGAUUCUAGUUAUCUUCCUUGUCUUUAGGAGCAGGAAUAACAUCACAGACUACAUGCGCUGGUUUAUUGACCGGAAUUCAAAGGCAUGCCCUGUGUGGAUGGAUCUUAUGAGACACAUUGCAAAUAUGAAUAAUCCUUAAAGUAACGGCCCUUCUUCCUUCAGAGGCCAGAUUCUGUGCCAUUAGCAUCUUCUCCUGUUCUGUAGCAUGCUCUGCAGUACACGGUGAAAUUCGGUCGUACUCCAAGUGAUCUGACUUGUAAUGCUGUGUGAGAAACAUAGCACGUUCCUGCGGGCUGUGUAAGGUUCAGGACCUGAAAAAAUGGCACUGGCAGCAAUUGAUCCACAGCAGAACAUUGUAUCGAGGGUUGCCAACCUUCCUUUGGUGAGCUCCACCUAUGACAUGGUGUCCACAGCUUACAUCACCACAAAGGAUAACCAUCCUUAUCUGAAGUCAGUAUGCGAGAUAGCAGAGAAAGGAGUGAAGACGAUUACGUCAGUAGCCAUGACAAGUGCUAUGCCUAUCAUUCAGAAACUGGAACCACAAAUUGUAGUUGCCAACAACUAUGCUUGUAUAGGUCUUGACAAAAUUGAAGAGAGACUGCCUAUACUGAAUCAACCCACUGACAAGGUUGUUGCCAAUGCCAAGGAUGUAGUUGUUGGAGCUAGAGAAGCUGUAACAACUACUGUGACUGGUGCCAAGGAAACUGUUGCUUACACAAUCACUGGAGUUGUGGGCAGGACUAAAGAAGCAGUGCAAGACAGUGUAGAAAUUACCAAGUCAGUUGUCAAUGGCAGCAUUAAUACGGUCCUGGGAAGUCGUGUGGUGCAGAUGGUGAGCAGUGGUGUGGACAGUGCUCUCACAAAAUCAGAGACCCUUGUAGACCAGUAUCUUCCACUUACAGAAGCAGAACUAGAGAAAGAAGCUGCAAAUGUUGAAGGUUUUGAAGUUGGAGUCCAAAAGCCAAGCUACUAUGUUAGACUAGGAUCCCUGUCUUCAAAGGUCCGCACACGUGCCUACCAACAAGCCUUAAACAAAGUUAGAGAUGCUAAACAGAAAAGCCAGGAGACGAUCUCUCAGCUUCACUACACUGUUAAUCUGAUCGAGUAUGCCAGAAAGAACGUGAAUAGUGCCAAUAAGAAGCUUCUUGGUGCUCAGGAAAAGCUAUAUCAAUCCUGGGUAGAAUGGAAGAAAAAUACAGGCCAAAAUGAUGGUGAUGAUCUGCGUAGUGCUGAGCACAUUGAGUCAAGAACUCUAGCUAUUGCACGGAGCCUCACUCAGCAGCUUCAGACCACCUGCCUCACACUGGUCUCAAGCCUACAGGGGCUGCCACAGAAUGUACAGGAUCAGGUUUACAGUGUUGGGUCAAUGGCAGGUGAUGUCUACCAGAGCUUUCGGUCAGCAUCCUCCUUCCAAGAAUUAUCAGACAGCUUUAUUGCAGCUAGCAAAGGACAGCUGAAGAAAAUGAAGGAGUCUCUGGAUGACGUGAUGGAUUAUCUUGUUAACAACACACCGCUCAACUGGCUGGUUCCAGAUUUCACUAUUACAGACCUGUCUUCAGAGUCGGAUGAUGUCCCAGACAUUUUGGAUCUGGAUGAAGAGGAUCAACAGGACUUUUCACGCACAAAUGGCCCUUACACUACAGGGCAAAGAGCUGAAUAGAGAAGCAUAAAAACGUCUUUUUGAUACAACGUACCUUUGCCAUGAUUAAUUUAGAUUUCUCCUUUUUAAAGAUGAACCUGCCUAGUUUAGGGAUUAUGGGGAUACUUUUUUUUUUUUUUUUUUAAAUCAGUACUGUUUCACUUAGCUGCAUCAAAAAUCUGGGUUUUUCAAUGUAAGGAAUGCAUGCUACAUUAAUUGGUUAGCAUGGGUGUCAGGCUCUCAUUUUACAAGUCAGGUAUAGCCUAACCAGUGUAUCCAACUAAUUUGAUCUUUGUUGAUUUGUUCUCCUGCUGGUAGCAGCCAUGAGAACACCCCAGUGCUUUGCAUAAAUGGCUGCCAACAAAAGGAGUUGAUGAGGAUUUGCCCACAACAUUUCCCCUUUCAGUCUAUGGGAAAAGCAGUGCUGCAUCUACCUCUUCGCUGCUGGAAGGGGUAAGAGACUUUGUCUAAACUCAGAUUUUCUCAGGUUCUUUUGUUAGGCUCUGCUCCUACAGAGCUUAGAUGCUUAGAGCUUUCCUUUGGCAAGAGUGCUUUAUGCACAAAAAGACUUCCUUUCUUUCCACAUGCCUUCUGUGUGCAAAUAUUUUGGCAGUCAUGAUGCUAUCAGUUGUGGUGCCCGAGACUAAAAGGGAGUAAAUGCUUCAAUAUUUAAGUGUUUUGGGUAUAAGGAUAGCAUUUAAGUAAGAAAGGGAAAGAGACUGUAAAAAGAAAGGACAAAUAGAGAGUAAAGACUUUGGACAAAAAAAAAAAAAAAAAAAAAAAAAAAAGGGAGUUGAAUGUAAGGAAAGUUCUGGCAACAAUGAUUUUUAAAAAACGUUUUAAUAAAUCUCAAUCAGUUAUUUGCUAAAGGCUGGUGAGUCUGCAUUUGCUUGCGCACAGUAACUUCUGUAGGAGUUGGGGAGGGUGGUAACGGGACUGCAGGCAGACUUGUUAACAUUUCUUUGCGAGGACCAGGCCCAUCUGCUGCCCCAGAGGCCUCUCCGUGUCGGUGUGACUGCAGCGCAGUCCCGGGAGCCGCGGCUGGCUCCUGUGGCUGUGAGGGCCUGGAAGUCUGGUCAUGAAAUGCCUUGGAAUAAAAGUUUGAACCG